UUGUUGCAGACGCCGCGGCACUACGUGGUGGUGGACCGCGACCUGGCCCCUCGGCGCGCGGAGGAGCAGUACUCGUACUCGUACUCGAGCACGUCGGAGCGGUCGACGGGCAGCGGCCUGCCUCAGCGCAGCUCCUACAGCAACACGGUGGAGCGUCGCUCGGGCUCCGGCCCCGGCGGGUACUCGUACUCCAGCGAGCGCUCCAGCAACCUCGGCGGGCCCGGCGGGUACUCCUACUCGUCGACCACGAGCGGUCGCUUGCCCUACGGCACCACCUACCGCCACUACUCAUACCGCGUGUAG